AUGGGGCUACCACACCUCGAAACGUGUUGUUUCGUAUUCGACUUGAAGACCGGGAACAUAAUUAUGGGCUCCUUAAAUGCGGUUAUGUCCUUCACAAUAACUAUAAUAAUGACGGUCACGGCCGCGACGCUAGAGCCACUGCAAGAGGCGGCAUUCGAAGAGAGAGAUUUGAACAAAGAGGCGGCCAUGACGGGGUUGUACGUGAUGUCCAUCAUCCUGGCUCUCAUGUUCCUUGUCAAGUUUUGCUUCGACGUAGUGUUCGUGUAUGGCGUUGUGACGGAGCGCGCUAGUGUUGUUCGUGCGUACUUCUUUAUGUGGUCUGUCUUCUUCUUCCUCUCUCUGUUCACGUUCUUCCUCAACGCACCGCACUACGAUGCCGGCACCAUCACCGUGGAGGUCUUCUAUAUUUGUUUAAACGUUUACGCGAUUCUACUCAGCAACAGUUUCUACAAGCAGUUGAAUAACAGGGAGGUAGUG